AUGGCACCACCAUUCCUUAGCCGUCCCGAGAUUCAACACCUCGUUGGAAACUUCUUGGUCGAUUUCUACAAUCGUGAGGACGUCGAAAAUUGGGAAGAUGUGCAAAGAGCCACCAUCGAUGCUAUGGGAGGGAUCAUCGUCCAGCUUGCUCGGGGGCACGCGCAGGCGCAAAUGGAAGGUACCCACACCUCUCCGGAACCGAUGGACUUGGACAAUGGUGAGGCUGUACAACCUGAAGAAGCAGAUUCAGAUGACACUUCGGAUCCAGAUGACUUUGUGAGAGACGACAUCCCUCCCCAGGCACUCAAGAACACUUCCGAUUCCCCAGAAAAGCCCGAUUCAGGCUCGGAUUUUGAGAGCUCUGCUUCGAAGAAUCCUCGCAGCGGUAAAGGAGCAAUCAAGACUAAGAACACCCCACGGAAGAACGCCAAGGUAAAGUCUGACCGUGUUGCAAGCCUCGAGGCACGCAAGACGAACCGGUGUGUUUUAGGAUGUGACUUGGGCUACACGACGACGGAUCGUCUCAAGAGACAUUACAAAUCUCACCACCCCGGUUGGGAGAACGCAGUUGUGGCUGCUGGCCAGACCAUUUUUGCCAAUCAGCGCAGCUACACGAAGCGAGACACAUGA